AAUGCAAUUUGUGUCAAUAACACAGGAAGUUGAGGGUAGCAGCAAAAAGGAAGCUGCUUGAACAGAGCCUCCUUCAAAAGAGAAACACAGACAACUAAAACUGCGCUGUUAAAACACCCAGGACUGCAAAGUGAAUGGAUCCCUGAAAGGGACAUCAGAAGUCAUGUCAGGCAAAAGAUCCAAGAAGAACCAGAGACCUGGUUCAUCUCGACGAGGACCUGAAGUUCUUAACAGCAAUAUCGAGAAAGAUGAUGAACAGUUUCAGCAAAUUGCAGAGUCUGAGGAUGGGCGAAAUGAAUUUCACACCUCCACUGAAUACCAUUCAACCCAGUUUGAUCAUCCACCAAGCUCAAGCACUGAUCAGCAAACAUCUGCAUUAGAAUGUCCUCCACAUGCAAGGGGUCACAAGGAUUCACUCAUGGAGAAUAAACUGCCAGAGCAGAAAAGAAAAAUGGGAUCAACUCGCAAGAGAAUUGGUAGGAUUAAAGAUGAAAGAAAACUUGAUGAAAUCAAGAGAACUGGAGAGUUUGAUGAAGAAUAUGUAACUCAACCAAACACAUCAACCACUGAGGAACAACAUGCUUCUCUAACAGAAGAAGAACAAUCAAGGUCAAUGAGUUUUCCUUCUGAUUUAAACCUUCAGACAAAAAGUUCUGAAUUGAGAAAGGAGCCUGGAACAACUCUUAUGCUUGGGGUUUUAGAAAAUGAAGAAAAAGAUACAAUCCACUAUCAAGAAAUAACCUUUAAUUCACAUGAGGUUUUAAGGGAUAUUCCUAUAGAUGAGAAAAUGGUGCCAUCUGUCCAUUCUAUUGCUGUCACUGUAGCUGAAAGUGAUUUGCUGCAGAAGGAUUCAGUCAUGUUUGAUGAACCUAGUUGCCAAGAUAUCCCAAUAGCCAGUACCUCUAGACAAAAAAGAAGGAUUUGCUCAACCCGCAGGCCUCUCGGAGAGAAAAACAGGGAAAAUGUAGGUGUGCAAGAACAUUCAAGUAACAUAAGAGAGAAUAAAAGUAAAGCAGAAGUUCUAGGCGAAGCAAAGUUCCCCAUGUCAGAAGAGAUGGAGCAAACAUGGGAUGGUGUGGCAAGAGAUGUUUCAUUGUCCCACACAGAAUCAGCGUUGGUUUUAAAUCAGUCACUUUUGGCUGAGAGAGCUGAGCUGAAAGAGCCUGAUGUUUCGGCAGGAACUGAAACUAUGAACAAAUCAGUUACUUUUCCCCUUGUUGAUUCAGAAAAGCCCCUACCCGAAACAUCUAGCCAACAUGGGACUCCAUCACUCAACGAGGGAUUUGAUUUUAAUUUUGGUUCACACACUGGGGAUUUUGUAAACAAAGUUUGGAAAGAGGCAGAAAGUGAUUUAAGUGAUAACAGCCAAUGUGUGCUUAAUACAAGUAAAGAUACAAACACAUCUUACAACUUUACAGAUGUAAACACAGAAGCCAAGGAGAAGGUUCUAAAACAGAAAGAGGAACUUUCUAUAAAUUAUCAAAUGAGUGAUUUAUUACCAAAGCAAGAUGCGCAAUUAGAGGAACUUGAGUUAAACUAUCAAGAAUAUUCUUUAAGCCAGCAUGACAUAGCUACUCUUGAUAAUAACUGUGGUUGUUCUAUGGCUCAACUUAAAGUAGGAGGAAGUAGAAGUUUUAAUGUGCCUGUGACUAAUAUUAGCCAUGCAGAACCCACAGCAACCAAUUUACCACAUGAGAUGAGUGAUGCUUUUGAUGAAAAGCAAGAGAUUCAAGUGGAAAUAAAACAAGAAAGUAAUGUUUGUGAUUUUACUUUAGUAACAUGUGAUACUCUGACUGAUUUAGAAUGUAUUAUGGAAGAAAAUGAAGACCCCCAGAUUUUAGCUGCGAGCGAAAAUGAAAAUACGAGCAAUCAAAGAGGAUCUGAAACAGACAAUGCAUUGAAAAUUACAGACCAGCAUGAUGUGAGAGAUCACAAUGUAAUACAAACAAUAAUGGAUGUAAGAGAUAAUGAAAAAGACGCAGAAACAAGCACUGAGACCAUUUGGAUUUCACAUCAGAAACCAUGUGAAGUUCCAGCUGAAAAAGAGGAGCUAAAUAGAGAACAAGAGCAAUAUUCAUCGAAUAUAUCUCGAACACAGAGUCCACUACAAGAUGCUGCUGGCAAGAUGCUAGAAACUGAUGAGGUUAGAAAAGGCAGAAAAGAUACUGAGAAUGCUGCAAGUAAUGAUGUGACCACAAAGUCAGAGGAAAUGUUUAGUUUUAAACUCUCAGCAACAGUUAGAGGAUCUCACGCACACCAACAGCUUUUCAUGCAAUAUCCUGAUAAAGAAGGCUAUGACUCGCAUGAAAAUGUGAAUGAGAAAAGUGAAGAGGAAGGAAUACUUGUCAGUGUAGAAUCUGAAAAUGCAUCUUUUGAUAGAGGCGAUGGGAAAAGUGAAGGAACUAAGGUGGAUGCAGAGCCCGUUGUGAUGUCAAAUGUGGAAGCUGUGUAUAAUGAUAGUGAAUCAGCAAACCCAGAGCAAAACAGAGAAUUGGCACUGAAAGUAUCUACAAAUGCUGAGAAAGAGGUUUCAGGGGAAAGAGACACAAUUGUCAUGCAAAGUGACAUCAACUUAAUUCCUGAAGAGGCACACUCAAAAUCAAGUCCAGUUAUAUAUAAGAGGAAAAUGGGCUCAACUCGUAGACCUCUCAGAGGAAAAAAAGGACAAAAAAUAGAAAUGGAACAUCAUGAUGAAAAUGAGACACUUGAAUGUGAAGGUAUGAUCAAUUUAGAGAAGAAAACAUUUAGUUUGGAGGAUGAAUCCAUUACAAAUGCAUCUCUGUUAAGAACCACAAAAGAUGGAGUUAAAGUACAGGACAUGGAAUUAUGUGAGGACAAUGAUGUUGGUCCUGUUGAAAGAUCUGAGUCUGCUCUCCUGCAGUCAUCAUGUCGUUCAGAUUUCCUGUCUGAGGAAUCCACUGCAGUAAGUAUCUGUCAUGUCACAGAAUCACAAACCCUCAUGAAACUGAAUGAAGAGUCCCAGGAAAAUGCUGGAGAUGCUGAAAAAGUAGCAGCAGAGGAAAACAAAGACCUACAAUUAGAAACUGAAUCACAGAACAAAAUAUCUGACACAACAACUUAUGACGCUGAAGGAACAGAGGAGAAAAUCAAUGAUGUUAGUGUGACAUUAGUCAGAGAAGUUGAAGUUACUGGAGAUACAGGUACAGUGGAGAGUAAUAUGACUACGGAGUCAGGUUUGAUUCAAAAUGACACUUCCUCUGAUGCAAAACUGGAAGCAUUAAAAGUGUCUAACGAUGCUGAGUGUAAAGUUCAGGAAAAAACUGACACAGUUCCCAAGCAAAGUGACACCACCAUCAUUCCUCACGAUACUCAGAAAGAGGAGGCACACUCAGAAUUCACAGUUAUUCACAAGAGGAAAAUGGGCUCAACUCGUAGACCUCUCAAAGGGAAAAAUGGACAAAGAAAAGUAAAAGAACAUCAUGAUGAAAAUGAGACACUUGACAGUGAAAAUAUGAUCAAUGCAGAGAAAGAAACAAUAAGUUUGGAGGAUGAACCCCCUCUAGAUGAAUCUACAUUACAAAGUGUAAAACUAGGAGCAAAAGAACAGGACAUGGACAUAAGCAAGAAAAAUGAUGUUGGUCCUGUUGAAAGAUCUAAAUCCACCGACCUGCAGUCAUCAUGUAGUUCAGAUUUAACAUCUGAGGAGUCCAUUGCAACAAGUAUCUGUCACAUCACAGAAUCACAAACCUCCAUGAAACUGAAUGAAGAGUCCCAGGAAAAUGCUGGAGAUCCUGACAAAAGGGCAGCAGAAGAAGACAAAGACUUACAAUUAGACAUUGAAUCACAGAACAAAAUAUCUGACACAACAUCUUAUGAAGCUGAAGGAACAGAGGAGAAAAUCAGUGAUGUUAGUGUGACAUUAGUCAGAGAAGUUGAAGUUACUGGAGAUACAGGUACAGUGGAGAGUAAUAUGACUCCUGAGUCAGAUUUGAUUCAAAAUGACACUUCUUCUGAUCCAAAACUGGAAGCAAUAAAAGUAUCUGACGAUGCUGGGUGUAAAGUUCAGGAAGAAACCGUUCCCAAGCAAAGUGACACCACCAUCAUUCCUCACGAUACUCAGAAAGAGGAGGCACACUCAGAAUUCACAGUUAUUCACAAGAGAAAAAUGGGCUCAACUCGUAGACCUCACAGAGGGAAAAAUGGACAAAGAAAAGAAAAAGAACACCGUGAUGAAAAUGAGACACCUUACAGUGAAGAUAUCAUUAAUGUAGAGAAAGAAACAAUAAGUUUGGAGGAUGAAUCCAUUACAAAUGCAUCUCUGUUAAGAACCACAAAAGAUGGAGUUAAAGAACAGGACAUGGAAUUAUGUGAGGACAAUGAUGUUGGUCCUGUUGAAAGAUCUGAGUCUGCUCUCCUGCAGUCAUCAUGUCGUUCAGAUUUCCUGUCUGAGGAAUCCACUGCAGUAAGUAUCUGUCAUAUCACAGAAUCACAAACCCUCAUGAAACUGAAUAAAGAGUCCCAGGAAAAUGCUGGCGAUGCUGAAAAAGUGGCAGCAGAGGAAAACAAAGACCUACAAUUAGAAACUGAAUCACAGAACAAAAUAUCUGACACAACAUCUUAUGAAGCUGAAGGAACAGAGGAGAAAAUCAAUGAUGUUAGUGUGACAUUAAUCAGAGAAGUUGAAGUUACUGGAGAUACAGGUACAGUGGAGAGUAAUAUGACUAUGGAGUCAGAUUUGAUUCAAAAUGACACUUCCUCUGAUGCAAAACUGGAAGCAAUAAAAGUAUCUGACAAUACUGAGUGUGAAGUUCAGGAAGAAACUGACACAGUUCCCAAGCAAAGUGACACCACCAUCAUUCCUCAAGAUACUCAGAAAGAGGAGGCACACUCAGAAUUCACAGUUAUUCACAAGAGGAAAAUGGGCUCAACUCGUAGACCUCUCAGAGGGAAAAAUAGACAAAGAAAAGAAAAAGAACAUCAUGAUGAAAAUGAGACACCUGACAGUGAAGAUAUGAUCAAUGUAGAGAAAGAAACAAUUAGUUUGGAGGAUGAAUCCAUUACAAAUGCAUCUCUGUUAAGAACCACAAAAGAUGGAGUUAAAGUACAGGACGUGGAAUUAUGUGAGGACAAUGAUGUUGGUCCUGUUGAGAGAUCUGAGUCUGCUCUCCUGCAGUCAUCAUGUCGUUCAGAUUUCCUGUCGGAGGAAUCCACUGCAGUAAGUAUCUGUCAUGUCACAGAAUCACAAACCCUCAUGAAACUGAAUAAAGAGUCCCAGGAAAAUGCUGGAGAUGCUGAAAAAGUGGCAGCAGAGGAAAACAAAGACCUACAAUUAGAAACUGAAUCACAGAACAAAAUAUCUGACACAACAACUUAUGAAGCUGAAGGAACAGAGGAGAACAUCAAUGACGUUAGUGUGACAUUAGUCAGAGAAGUUGAAGUUACUGGAGAUACAGGUACAGUGGAGAGUAAUUUGACUACGGAGUCAGAUUUUCUUCAUACUUCUCCUGAUGUACACAUCGAAGCAUUGAAAAUAUCUGAAAAUGUUGAGAAAGAUGUUUCAGGAGAAACAGACACAGUUCUUAAACAAAGUGACAUCAGCAUCAUUCCUGAAGAUUCUCACACAGAAGAGGCACACUCAAAAUCAAGUCCAGUUAUUCAAAAGAGAAAAAUGGGCUCAACUCGAAGACCUCUCAGAGGGAAUGAAGGGCAAAAACAAGAACAUGAUGAGAAAGAAAUAUUCAAGUUGAAGGAUGAACCCAGUCCAGAUGAAUCCAGAUAUACUGCAGUGAGUGUCUGUGACAUUUCAGAAUCACAAACCCUCCCAAAAAUUCAUGCUGGGUCCCAGGAAAAUACCGGAGAGGUUGAAAUAGUGCCAGCAGAGGAGGACACAGAACGACACUUACAAAACCAGACAUUUGACUCAACAGCAUUUGGAGGAGAAGCAACAGAAGAGAACAUCUGUGAAGCUAAUGUUUUAGACAAGGAAGUUGAGUUUAUUGGAGAUACAGUUACAUUGGAGAGUAAUAUUACUACUGAGUCAGGUUUGAUUCAAAAUGACACUUCUUCUGAUGCAAAACUGGAAGCAUUAAAAGUAUCUGACAAUACUGAGCGUGAAGUUCAGAAAGAAACUGACACAGUUCCCAAGCAAAGUGACACCACCAUCAUUCCUCAAAAUUCUCAGAAAGAGGAGGCACACUCAGAAUUCACAGUUAUUCACAAGAGAAAAAUGGGCUCAACUCGUAGACCUCUCAGAGGGAAAAAUGGACAAAGAAAAGAAAAAGAACAUCAUGAUGAAAAUGAGACACUUGACAGUGAAGAUAUGAUCAAUGUAGAGGAAGAAACAAUUAGUUUGGAGGAUGAACCCCGUCUAGAUGAAUCUACAUUACAAAGUGUAAAACUAGGAGCAAAAGAACAGGAGAUGGACAUAUGUAAGAAAAAUGAUGUUGGUCCUGUUGAAAGAUCUAAAUCCACCGACCUGCAGUCAUCAUGUAGUUCAGAUUUAACAUCUGAGGAGUCCAUUGCAAUAAAUAUCUGUCACAUCACAGAAUCACAAACCCUCAUGAAACUGAAUGAAGAGUCCCAGGAAAAUGCUGGCGAUGCUGACAAAGUGGCAGCAGAGGAAAACAAAGAUCUACAAUUAGAAACUGAAUCACAGAACAAAAUAUCUGACACAACAUCUUAUGAAGCUGAAGGAACAGAGGAGAAAAUCAAUGAUGUUAGUGUGACAUUAAUCAGAGAAGUUGAAGUUACUGGAGAUACAGGUACAGUGGAGAGUAAUAUGACUAUGGAGUCAGAUUUGAUGCAAAAUGACACUUCCUCUGAUGCAAAACUGGAAGCAAUAAAAGUAUCUGACAAUACUGAGUGUGAAGUUCAGGAAGAAACUGACACAGUUCCCAAGCAAAGUGACACCACCAUCAUUCCUCAAGAUGCUCAGAAAGAGGAGGCACACUCAGAAUUCACAGUUAUUCACAAGAGAAAAAUGGGCUCAACUCGUAGACCUCUCAGAGGGAAAAAUGGACAAAGAAAAGAAAAAGAACAUCAUGAUGAAAAUGAAACACUUGACAGUGAAGAUAUGAUCAAUGUAGAGGAAGAAACAAUUAGUUUGGAGAAUGAACCCCCUCUAGAUGAAUCUACAUUACAAAGUGUAAAACUAGGAGCAAAAGAACAGGACAUGGACAUAAGCAAGAAAAAUGAUGUUGGUCCUGUUGAAAGAUCUAAAUCCACCGACCUGCAGUCAUCAUGUAGUUCAGAUUUAACAUCUGAGGAGUCCAUUGCAACAAGUAUCUGUCACAUCACAGAAUCACAAACCUCCAUGAAACUGAAUGAAGAGUCCCAGGAAAAUGCUGGAGAUCCUGACAAAAGGGCAGCAGAAGAAGACAAAGACUUACAAUUAGACAUUGAAUCACAGAACAAAAUAUCUGACACAACAUCUUAUGAAGCUGAAGGAACAGAGGAGAAAAUCAGUGAUGUUAGUGUGACAUUAGUCAGAGAAGUUGAAGUUACUGGAGAUACAGGUACAGUGGAGAGUAAUAUGACUCCUGAGUCAGAUUUGAUUCAAAAUGACACUUCUUCUGAUCCAAAACUGGAAGCAAUAAAAGUAUCUGACGAUGCUGGGUGUAAAGUUCAGGAAGAAACCGUUCCCAAGCAAAGUGACACCACCAUCAUUCCUCACGAUACUCAGAAAGAGGAGGCACACUCAGAAUUCACAGUUAUUCACAAGAGAAAAAUGGGCUCAACUCGUAGACCUCACAGAGGGAAAAAUGGACAAAGAAAAGAAAAAGAACACCGUGAUGAAAAUGAGACACCUUACAGUGAAGAUAUCAUUAAUGUAGAGAAAGAAACAAUAAGUUUGGAGGAUGAAUCCAUUACAAAUGCAUCUCUGUUAAGAACCACAAAAGAUGGAGUUAAAGUACAGGACAUGGAAUUAUGUGAGGACAAUGAUGUUGGUCCUGUUGAAAGAUCUGAGUCUGCUCUCCUGCAGUCAUCAUGUCGUUCAGAUUUCCUGUCUGAGGAAUCCACUGCAGUAAGUAUCUGUCAUAUCACAGAAUCACAAACCCUCAUGAAACUGAAUAAAGAGUCCCAGGAAAAUGCUGGCGAUGCUGAAAAAGUGGCAGCAGAGGAAAACAAAGACCUACAAUUAGAAACUGAAUCACAGAACAAAAUAUCUGACACAACAUCUUAUGAAGCUGAAGGAACAGAGGAGAAAAUCAAUGAUGUUAGUGUGACAUUAAUCAGAGAAGUUGAAGUUACUGGAGAUACAGGUACAGUGGAGAGUAAUAUGACUAUGGAGUCAGAUUUGAUGCAAAAUGACACUUCCUCUGAUGCAAAACUGGAAGCAAUAAAAGUAUCUGACAAUACUGAGUGUGAAGUUCAGGAAGAAACUGACACAGUUCCCAAGCAAAGUGACACCACCAUCAUUCCUCAAGAUACUCAGAAAGAGGAGGCACACUCAGAAUUCACAGUUAUUCACAAGAGGAAAAUGGGCUCAACUCGUAGACCUCUCAGAGGGAAAAAUAGACAAAGAAAAGAAAAAGAACAUCAUGAUGAAAAUGAGACACCUGACAGUGAAGAUAUGAUCAAUGUAGAGAAAGAAACAAUUAGUUUGGAGGAUGAAUCCAUUACAAAUGCAUCUCUGUUAAGAACCACAAAAGAUGGAGUUAAAGUACAGGACGUGGAAUUAUGUGAGGACAAUGAUGUUGGUCCUGUUGAGAGAUCUGAGUCUGCUCUCCUGCAGUCAUCAUGUCGUUCAGAUUUCCUGUCGGAGGAAUCCACUGCAGUAAGUAUCUGUCAUGUCACAGAAUCACAAACCCUCAUGAAACUGAAUAAAGAGUCCCAGGAAAAUGCUGGAGAUGCUGAAAAAGUGGCAGCAGAGGAAAACAAAGACCUACAAUUAGAAACUGAAUCACAGAACAAAAUAUCUGACACAACAACUUAUGAAGCUGAAGGAACAGAGGAGAACAUCAAUGACGUUAGUGUGACAUUAGUCAGAGAAGUUGAAGUUACUGGAGAUACAGGUACAGUGGAGAGUAAUUUGACUACGGAGUCAGAUUUUCUUCAUACUUCUCCUGAUGUACACAUCGAAGCAUUGAAAAUAUCUGAAAAUGUUGAGAAAGAUGUUUCAGGAGAAACAGACACAGUUCUUAAACAAAGUGACAUCAGCAUCAUUCCUGAAGAUUCUCACACAGAAGAGGCACACUCAAAAUCAAGUCCAGUUAUUCAAAAGAGAAAAAUGGGCUCAACUCGAAGACCUCUCAGAGGGAAUGAAGGGCAAAAACAAGAACAUGAUGAGAAAGAAAUAUUCAAGUUGAAGGAUGAACCCAGUCCAGAUGAAUCCAGAUAUACUGCAGUGAGUGUCUGUGACAUUUCAGAAUCACAAACCCUCCCAAAAAUUCAUGCUGGGUCCCAGGAAAAUACCGGAGAGGUUGAAAUAGUGCCAGCAGAGGAGGACACAGAACGACACUUACAAAACCAGACAUUUGACUCAACAGCAUUUGGAGGAGAAGCAACAGAAGAGAACAUCUGUGAAGCUAAUGUUUUAGACAAGGAAGUUGAGUUUAUUGGAGAUACAGUUACAUUGGAGAGUAAUAUUACUACUGAGUCAGGUUUGAUUCAAAAUGACACUUCUUCUGAUGCAAAACUGGAAGCAUUAAAAGUAUCUGACAAUACUGAGCGUGAAGUUCAGAAAGAAACUGACACAGUUCCCAAGCAAAGUGACACCACCAUCAUUCCUCAAAAUUCUCAGAAAGAGGAGGCACACUCAGAAUUCACAGUUAUUCACAAGAGAAAAAUGGGCUCAACUCGUAGACCUCUCAGAGGGAAAAAUGGACAAAGAAAAGAAAAAGAACAUCAUGAUGAAAAUGAGACACUUGACAGUGAAGAUAUGAUCAAUGUAGAGGAAGAAACAAUUAGUUUGGAGGAUGAACCCCGUCUAGAUGAAUCUACAUUACAAAGUGUAAAACUAGGAGCAAAAGAACAGGAGAUGGACAUAUGUAAGAAAAAUGAUGUUGGUCCUGUUGAAAGAUCUAAAUCCACCGACCUGCAGUCAUCAUGUAGUUCAGAUUUAACAUCUGAGGAGUCCAUUGCAAUAAAUAUCUGUCACAUCACAGAAUCACAAACCCUCAUGAAACUGAAUGAAGAGUCCCAGGAAAAUGCUGGCGAUGCUGACAAAGUGGCAGCAGAGGAAAACAAAGAUCUACAAUUAGAAACUGAAUCACAGAACAAAAUAUCUGACACAACAUCUUAUGAAGCUGAAGGAACAGAGGAGAAAAUCAAUGAUGUUAGUGUGACAUUAAUCAGAGAAGUUGAAGUUACUGGAGAUACAGGUACAGUGGAGAGUAAUAUGACUAUGGAGUCAGAUUUGAUGCAAAAUGACACUUCCUCUGAUGCAAAACUGGAAGCAAUAAAAGUAUCUGACAAUACUGAGUGUGAAGUUCAGGAAGAAACUGACACAGUUCCCAAGCAAAGUGACACCACCAUCAUUCCUCAAGAUGCUCAGAAAGAGGAGGCACACUCAGAAUUCACAGUUAUUCACAAGAGAAAAAUGGGCUCAACUCGUAGACCUCUCAGAGGGAAAAAUGGACAAAGAAAAGAAAAAGAACAUCAUGAUGAAAAUGAAACACUUGACAGUGAAGAUAUGAUCAAUGUAGAGGAAGAAACAAUUAGUUUGGAGAAUGAACCCCCUCUAGAUGAAUCUACAUUACAAAGUGUAAAACUAGGAGCAAAAGAACAGGAGAUGGACACAUGCAAGAAAAAUGAUGUUGGUCCUGUUGAAAGAUCUAAAUCCACCGACAUGCAGUCAUCAUGUAGUUCAGAUUUAACAUCUGAGGAGUCCAUUGCAAUAAAUAUCUGUCACAUCACAGAAUCACAAACCCCCAUGAAACUGAAUGAAGAGUCCCAGGAAAAUGUUGGCGAUGCUGACAAAGGAGCAGCAGAAGAAGGCAAAGACUUUACAGUUAGAAUUGAAUCACGGGACACAAUAUCUGACACAACAACUUAUGAAGCUGAAGGAACAGACGAGAAAAUCAAUGAUGUUCGUUUGACAUUAGUCAGAGAAGUUGAAGUUACUGGAGAUACAGGUACAGGGGAGAGUAAUAUGACUACGGAGUCAGAUUUGAUUCAAAAUGACACUUCUUCUGAUCCAAAACUGGAAGCAAUAAAAGUAUCUGAUGAUGCUGAGUGUAAAGUUCAGGAAGAAACCGUUCCCAAGCAAAGUGACACCACCAUCAUUCCUCACGAUACUCAGAAAGAGGAGGCACACUCAGAAUUCACAGUUAUUCACAAGAGGAAAAUGGGCUCAACUCGUAGACCUCUCAGAGGGAAAAAUAGACAAAGAAAAGAAAAAGACCAUCAUGAUGAAAAUAAGACACCUGACAGUGAAGAUAUGAUCAAUGUAGAGAAAGAAACAAUUAGUUUGGAGGAUGAAUCCAUUACAAAUGCAUCUCUGUUAAGAACCACAAAAGAUGGAAUUAAAGUACAGGACAUGGAAUUAUGUGAGGACAAUUAUGUUGGUCCUGUUGAAAGAUCUGAAUCUGCUCUCCUGCAGUCAUCAUGUCGUUCAGAUUUCCUGUCUGAGGAAUCCACUGCAGUAAGUAUCUGUCAUAUCACAGAAUCACAAAACCCUCAUGAAACUGAAUAA